CGACCCCUAACCCUUCCCCGGUGCCUCAAUUGCUGCGCCUGUGUCAACUUGCCGGGGGGGCUGCCGCAGCACUGCUGAUCCCUGCACCGUGACGCGAAUCGCAUUCUCCACCGGCGGUCUCCACCGGGCAGCACUUGCAGUUGCAGCUCCAAGUGGAAGAAGUUCAAUUGCGACGAGCGACGGGACUUUCGUUUUGCGAUUCGAUUCGAUUUCCAUCUUUCCAUCUUUCCAUCUUUCCAUCUUCCGUGUCUCCAGCUAGGCACCUAUCGAUACCUACCACUUCCACCCAAACCACACCCACCGCAACAUACACUGGACCGCGAUGCUGAAAUCAACAUACAAACCCUCUCCUGGUGCUCUUCCUCCCCUGCCACCAGGCUGGACCGAACACAAAGCGCCUACCGGGCACACAUACUACUACAAUGCCUCAACCAAGGAGUCAACCUACAAGCGCCCCGGCGUUACUCCGACUCCCACUCCUCCCGCCGCCGCUUCUCCGUUCGGUCCUCCGUCCGCUUCGCCAGUCCCCGGCGCCCAUCCGCUCGCCGCGGCGCCAGCGAACCCCUCCAUGAGCUACCUCCAACACCAAGCCGUUCCCGCGAUAAACCUCUCCGAUCCACGCGUUGCCAAUGCCCUUAUGGCGCAGUAUUCCCAGCAGUCCCAGCCUCAACACCAAGGCGGGCGAGGGGGUUUUGGAGCAGGGGGUAGGGGCGGUAGCCAGCAACAGCAAAGGCCCCGACCACAGCCCGUCGACAAGCCAAAAGCCAAGAUCGCCAUCCUCGGCUGCGAGCCGUGGUUCCUGGUAUACACAAAAUAUGGGAGAAGGUUUGCUUUCAAUCCGGUAAAGAAUGCGAGUUACUGGCGGAUUCCGGAGAAGAUCCUGCCAGCAGUGAUCGAGUUGGAUAAAGAAAGGAUCAGGAGGAAGGCCGCUGGGGAGCCACCGCUCGAGGAGGAUCCGAGAUACAAGAGCCAUGAUAAGGAGGAGGAAAAGGCGGAGGGGAAGAAUCUGGGUUCGGGGCAACAGGGCCUAGAAGAGACGCACGACUACGACAGUUCAGAAUACGAAGAAGUAGAAGUCACCGAUGACGAAGGCGCAGACCACAACGACGCCGAACACCCCUCCCAGCACCAGCGUACCGAAGACGAAAACCAAGGGCCGAUCGAGUUUACAGAAGACGACUUUGCCGCUCAGCUGGCCAUGAUGGAAGGCGAUGGUAUGGAUAUUGACCAAGAAUACGAUUUUGCAGCACAAGCAGAAAACGUCGAGCCCCUUUCUGACGCCGACGCCCGCCUCCUCUUCCGCGACCUCCUCGCCGACUUCCGCAUUAACCCCUACUCCCCUUUUCAAAAGCUGAUCGACGAAGGCGACAAGACGGGUGUCUUCUCCGACCCGCGGUACACUGCCCUCUCAUCCAUGCGCGAGCGCAGGGAAGUUUACGAUGAGUGGUCCCGCGAGGCUAUCCAAGCCCUGAAAGAAGCGAGGGCAAAGGAAGAGAAGAAGGACCCAAGGAUACCAUACCUGGCCUUUCUACAAGAACAUGCCACGCCAAAGCUAUAUUGGGCUGAGUUCAAGAGGAAAUAUCGAAAGGAAGAUGUGAUGAAGGAUUCGGCGCAUCACAGGAGCUUCAACGACAAGGAAAGAGAAAAGCUGUACAGGGAGCAUAUCAACAGACUGAAGCUACCGCACACACAACUCAAGAGUGACCUGAAGAAGUUGCUUGAGAGUGUACAGCUCCGGCAGCUGAACAACCGGUCCUCAGCAGCCAGCCUCCCGAGCCAAAUCUUGGCAGACAUCCGGUACAUCUCGCUCGAUGCGAAAACGCGCGACGAAUUCAUCGAGGGUUACAUCCAGGGUCUUGCCUCACCUCCAGAGGCCCAAAGCGCUGCGGAAGAAGCGGAGGAUGAGGUACUGAGGAAAGCUAGAGAGGAGAGGAAGAAGAGAGAGAAAGCGUUGGAAGAGAGGGAGAGGAGGGUAGAAGAGGAAAAGAGAAGACAAGAAAAGAGGUUAGCCGUUGAACGGGCGAGGCUCAGGGAGGAGGAGAGGGAGCUGCAGAGGGCUAUGGUUGUUGAUAAGAAGGGGCUGCAGAGUCAGCUGGGCGGUGGUGCUGCGGCUGGCGGGGAGGCGUCGAAGGAGGAUGAGGCAAAGGAGGAGAGAUAAGAGAGUGAGUAAGUGGCCGUCUCAACUAGAUGGUAUAUACCCAAAAUUGUUCGUCAGCAUAGCGCUCAGGAGUUCCCAUCUUCAUAUCACGCCGCGGGUUUCCAGGAACAACCAGGUUCCAUGUAUUUAACGGGGCGUUUGCACACUAAACAUGUGAGAGAAUGGAAGCAGAUAGGUAAGGUACUCAUCAAGAAUCAUAUACAAGAAAAG